AUGAUCAAGUGGAAGGAGAUAGUUGGUCUAGAUGAGGAGGCACUUGUUGACCACGGGAAGACCAGUUUCACCACUCAGACCAACUACGAGAAGGAAGACCUAGACAGCCACAGAGCGGUGUAUGUGGGGGUCCAUGUCCCUCUGGGUCGAGAGAGCAGACGGAGGCAUCGUCACAGAGGCCACAAGCACCACCGCAAGAAGAAGGAGAAGGACGAGGAGGGCAAAGGAGAUGGACGCGACUCUCCUAUUGACACGCCGUCGCAGCGGGUGCAGUUUAUUCUUGGGACCGAGGACGACGACCUGGAGCACGUUCCCCACGACCUGUUCACGGAGCUGGACGAGCUCUCCUUCAGAGACGGCAGUGCCAUGGAGUGGAAGGAGACGGCCAGGUGGCUGAAGUUCGAGGAGGACGUUGAGGACGGAGGAGAGCGCUGGAGCAAGCCCUACGUAGCGACUCUUUCUCUGCACAGUCUGUUCGAGCUCCGCAGCUGCAUCCUGAACGGCACCGUGAUGCUGGACAUGAGAGCCAGCAGCAUCGAGGAAAUUGCUGACAUGGUGAUUGACAGCAUGGUGGCGACGGGUCAGCUCCGAGAGGAUCUACGGGCGAAGGUGCGAGAGGCCAUGUUGAAGAAGCACCACCACCAGAACGAGAGGAAGCUCAGUAAUCGGAUACCGCUGGUGCGCUCCUUUGCUGACAUAGGCAAGAAAUAUUCUGACCCACUCUUGCUUGAGAGAAACGGAGAGGGCCUGUCCUCUUCUCGCCACUCUCUCCACAAGCCCGGAUUCUCUCCCUCUGGAGCCAACCUGUCCCAGAGACGAGAGUCCAUGGUGUCGGUUUUGCUCAACCAUCUCCUCCCCUCUUCCAACACGUCCCAGUCCACUCCUCACAAUACCCCCUCGUCUUUCCGUCGUUCGGCCGACCUUCCUGGGAACCAUGGUGCAGGUCCACAAGGCAUCCCGGAGGUGGUGGUGUCUCCGCCCGAGGACGAUGAGGUCCAAUGUUCAGCUGAAGAUGAAGCAGGAUCUCCUCAGCUCGACCGGCGAGGCUCCUCUGUCUCUCAGUGCCUCGAGAUGCUGCCCUUAGAAGGACCAAUGGUAUCGCCGCACUCAGUUCCUACAAACCUGGACGGGAACAAGGCUGUGGAGAGGAGGCCGUCCAAAGUUGGGGUGGACAUGAACUUCAUGAAGAAGAUCCCUCCAGGAGCAGAAGCCUCCAACGUCCUCGUGGGAGAAGUGGACUUCCUGGAGAAGCCCAUCACUGCGUUUGUGCGUCUGUCUCCGGCGGUGCUCAUCACGGGGCUCACGGAGGUCCCGGUGCCCACCAGGUUCCUCUUCCUGCUGCUGGGGCCUCAUGGAAAAGGACCCACGUACCAUGAGAUUGGCAGAUCGAUGGCGACGCUCAUGACAGACGAGAUUUUCCACGACGUUGCGUACAAGGCCAAGGACAGGACGGACAUCCUCUCCGGGAUCGACGAAUUUCUCGACCAAGUGACCGUGCUCCCUCCCGGCGAAUGGGACCCCACCAUCCGGAUCGAGCCGCCCAAGAAUGUGCCGUCUCAGAGCAACCACAGAGCAACCACAGAGCAACUACAGAGCAAACACAGAGCAACUACAGAGCAACCACAGAGUAACCACAGAGUAAUCACAGAGCAACCACAGAGUAACCACAGAGCAACCACAGAGCACCCACAGAGCACCCACAGAGCAACCACAGAGCAACUACAGAGCAAACACAGAGCAACUACAGAGCAACCACAGAGUAACCACAGAGUAAUCACAGAGCACCCACAGAGUAACCACAGAGCAACCACAGAGCAACUACAGAGCAACCACAGAGCAACCACAGAGCAACUACAGAGCAAACACAGAGCAACUACAGAGCAACCACAGAGUAACCACAGAGCAACCACAGAGCAACUACAGAGCAAACACAGAGCAACUACAGAGCAACCACAGAGUAACCACAGAGUAAUCACAGAGCACCCACAGAGUAACCACAGAGCAACCACAGAGCAACUACAGAGCAACCACAGAGCAACCACAGAGCAACCACAGAGUAACCACAGAGCAACCACAGAGCAACUACAGAGCAAACACAGAGCAACUACAGAGCAACCACAGAGUAACCACAGAGUAAUCACAGAGCACCCACAGAGUAACCACAGAGCAACCACAGAGCAACCACAGAGCAACUACAGAGCAACCACAGAGCAACCACAGAGCAACCACAGAGUAACCACAGAGCAACCACAGAGCAACCACAGAGCAACCCCAGAGCAACUACAGAGCAACCACAGAGCAACCACAGAGCAACCACAGAGUAACCACAGAGCAACCACAGAGCAACCACAGAGCAACCACAGAGCAACCACAGAGCAACCACAGAGCAACACAGAGCAACCACAGAGCAACCACAGAGCAACCACAGAGCAACCACAGAGCAACCCCAGAGCAACUACAGAGCAACCACAGAGCAACCACAGAGCAACCACAGAGCAACCACAGAGCAACUACAGAGUAACCACAGAGCAACCACAGAGCAACCACAGAGCAACCACAGAGCAACUACAGAGUAACCACAGAGCAACCACAGAGCAACCACAGAGCAACCCCAGAGCAACUACAGAGCAACCACAGAGCAACCACAGAGUAACCACAGAGCAACCACAGAGCAACCCCAGAGCAACUACAGAGCAACCACAGAGUAACCACAGAGCAACCACAGAGCAACCACAGAGCAACCACAGAGCAACACAGAGCAACACAGAGCAACCACAGAGCAACCACAGAGAACCACAGAGCACAGAGCAACCAGAGCAACCCAGAGCAACUACAGAGCAACCACAGAGCAACAGAGAACCACAGAGCAACCACAGAGCAACCAGAGCAACACAGAGCAACCACAGAGCAACCACAGAGCAACCCAGAGCAACCAGAGCAACCACAGAGCAACCACAGAGCAACCACAGAGCAACCACAGAGCAACCACAGACCAACCCCAGAGCAACUACAGAGCAACCACAGAGCAACCACAGAGUAACCACAGAGCAACCACAGAGCAACCACAGAGCAACCCCAGAGCAACCACAGAGCAACUACAGAGCAACCACAGAGCAACCACAGAGCAACCACAGAGCAACCACAGAGCAACUACAGAGUAACCACAGAGCAACCACAGAGCAACCACAGAGCAACCACAGAGCAACUACAGAAGCAACCACAGAGCAACUACAGAGCAAACACAGAGCAACUACAGAGCAACCACAGAGUAACCACAGAGCAACCACAGAGCAACUACAGAGCAAACACAGAGCAACUACAGAGCAACCACAGAGUAACCACAGAGUAAUCACAGAGCACCCACAGAGUAACCACAGAGCAACCACAGAGCAACUACAGAGCAACCACAGAGCAACCACAGAGCAACCACAGAGUAACCACAGAGCAACCACAGAGCAACUACAGAGCAAACACAGAGCAACUACAGAGCAACCACAGAGUAAUCACAGAGUAAUCACAGAGCACCCACAGAGUAACCACAGAGCAACCACAGAGCAACCACAAAGCAACUACAGAGCAACCACAGAGCAACCACAGAGCAACCACAGAGUAACCACAGAGCAACCACAGAGCAACCACAGAGCAACCCCAGAGCAACUACAGAGCAACCACAGAGCAACCACAGAGCAACCACAGAGUAACCACAGAGCAACCACAGAGCAACCACAGAGCAACCACAGAGCAACCACAGAGCAACUACAGAGCAACCACAGAGCAACCACAGAAGCAACCACAGAGCAACCCCAGAGCAACCACAGAGCAACUACAGAGCAACCACAGAGCAACCACAGAGCAACCACAGAGCAACCACAGAGCAACUACAGAGUAACCACAGAGCAACCACAGAGCAACCACAGAGCAACCACAGAGCAACUACAGAGUAACCACAGAGUAACCACAGAGCAACCACAGAGCAACCACAGAGCAACCACAGAGCAACUACAGAGUAACCACAGAGUAACCACAGAGCAACCACAGAGCAACCCCAGAGCAACCACAGAGCAACUACAGAGCAACCACAGAGUAACCACAGAGCAACCACAGAGCAACCACAGAGCAACCACAGAGCAACUACAGAGUAACCACAGAGUAACCACAGAGCAACCACAGAGCAACCACAGAGUAACCACAGAGCAACCACAGAGCAACCACAGAGCAACCACAGAGCAACUACAGAGUAACCACAGAGCAACCACAGAGCAACUACAGAGCAAAGGGAAGUGGAUAAUCGGCCCACACGAUCGACUCCACCCAUGA